CGCCAGGCAGACGACAACAAAGGGCUGCGGGCGGCGGCGGUGUCUCCCGUGCUUCCUUCAGGCCGAGGCGCUCGUCCUCCCGCCGCCGCGCUCCAGAUGAAGUGUGAGCACUGCACGCGCAAGGAAUGUAGUAAGAAGACGAAAACCGACGACCAGGAGAAUGUGUCAGCGGAUGCACCGAGUCCGGCCCGGGAAGACGGAGAGAAGGGAGAAUUCCAUAAGUUGGCUGAUGCCAAGAUAUUUCUGAGCGAUUGCCUGGCAUGUGACAGCUGCGUGACUGCAGAGGAAGGAGUCCAGCUUUCCCAGCAGAAUGCCAAGAACUUCUUCCAUGCUCUGAACCUUAAUAAGAAAUGUGAUACCUCAAAGCACAAAGUGCUGGUAGUGUCUGUGUGUCCUCAGUCUUUGCCUUAUUUUGCUGCUAAAUUCGACCUCAAUGUAACUGAUGCAUCCAGAAGGCUCUGUGGCUUCCUCAAAAGUCUUGGGGUGCGCUAUGUAUUUGAUAUGACCAUAGCUGCGGACUUCAGCAUCCUGGAGAGUCAAAAAGAAUUUGUGCGUCGGUAUCACCAGCACAGCGAGGAGGAGCGCGCGCUGCCCAUGCUGACCUCCGCCUGUCCUGGCUGGGUCCGAUAUGCUGAGCGGGUGCUGGGUCGCCCUGUCACCCCCCACCUCUGCACUGCCAAGUCCCCCCAGCAGGUCAUGGGCUCUUUGGUGAAGGACUACUUUGCCAGACAGCAGAACCUGUCUCCAGAGAAGAUUUUCCAUGUCAUUGUGGCCCCUUGCUAUGACAAGAAGCUGGAGGCUCUUCGAGAAGGUUUUUCUACUGCUCUGCCUGGUUCCCGGGGUGCUGAUUGUGUGUUAACGUCAGGUGAAAUCGCUCAGAUAAUGGAGCAAAGCGACCUCUCAGUGAAAGGUGCCACUGUCGACACUCUGUUUGGAGACUUGAAGGAGGAGGAGGUGAGGCGCCACGAGGGCAGGGGCUCCGAUGGGCACCUGGCGCACGUCUUCAGACAUGCGGCCAAGGAGCUGUUCAACGAGGAUGUGGGGGAAAUCACCUACCGGUCCCUGAGAAACAAAGACUUCCAAGAGGUCACCCUUGAAAAGAACGGAGAGGUUGUGCUACGCUUUGCUGCCACGUACGGAUUUCGAAACAUCCAGAACAUGAUCCUGAAGCUUAAGAAGGGCAAGUUCCCGUACCAUUUUGUGGAGGUCCUUGCGUGUCCUGGAGGAUGCUUAAAUGGCAGAGGCCAAGCCCAGACUGCAGAUGGACACGCAGACAAGUCCCUGCUGCGGCAGAUGGAAGGCAUCUACUCUGACAUCCCCGUGCGGCCUCCAGAGACCAGCGCGCACAUGCAAGAGCUAUACCAGGAGUGGCUGGAGGGGACUGACUCCCCCAAGGCCCAGGAAGCGCUGCACACCACCUACCAGAGCCUGGAUCACUGCACACACAGCCUGGACAUCAAGUGGUGAAACAAGUCAGGGCAGGGCCUGUCCAGCUGCUCCUCUUGUGGGGCCGGGGCUGCUCUGUAUAGGAGGGAACCACUCGGAGUGUGGAGCAUUAGAGACACUGAAAGCAAAUAAGUCAACGGGUUACUUUGGGUUUUGAGUUCUCUGCUACCCCCUGCUUACUGGAGGCCCCUCACACAAUUUCAUGUGGUGCUAUCUUCAUCAUAUGUGUGGGAUUUGAAUGUUUUACCAUGAGAGAGGGACUUCCUCAAUCUAAGUAUCCUUGUAUCCUAAGAUUGGGGGGUGAGGGGGUGAAUCCCAAAGAAUGAGAACAGAGACAGACUACUGUCUUUUAGGUUUAAGAAAAAUCCAAAAAGUGUCCUAUGAAUAGCUAAGACCCUCAGAGGUUUUUAUUCACAAGCCUUGGAUCAUUUGAUGUAAAAAUCAAGGUGGGAGGCAAGGGCUGGGCUUCUGUGCCUGCAGACACCUGCUGGUUUCUGGAGUUGUCGGGGCAGGCAGCACAUAGUUGUGGCUUCCCUGCCCAGUUUGGCUCUUAUUUUUACCCAUUUACAUUACUCUAAAUGUUUUUGCCAGAAUGUGAAUAAACUACCCUUUUGGAACCAGGAUCCUCAUGUACAAAUCUGAAUUUCCAGCUUUUCUUGGGGAAAAAAUAGUAAGUUCUGGCAACAGUGGAACAUGUUCCUCAAGGUCACCAAAGUGCAGUAGCCGCCACCCUUCCAGGACCACACUCCUCAGCUUGGGACCCUGUGGUCACUGGCGACUUAGGUUCCGACUUGAACUUGUACAAUCAGUCUUUGAGUUAGACUCACCUCAGGCAAGGGAAAGGGCCUGAGAAUAUCAGAGUGGAGAACCCAGGGGGUGCCACACAGCUGUGGUUGUCAGGGUCCCUCCGCUGCUCCUCAGUACCACCAGGGUGGAAGUAGGGGAGGUGAGGCCCCUGCUGACCUUGAAGCAGUGAGACCGCUAUCUGCUGGUCCAGCCUCCCCCGAACCUUCCCCAUCUUCACCUCAGCUGGGAUUUUCUUCUCUGCUGCAAGUGGGCCUGGGUCCUCCAGCCCUGCACUGGACUGUUGCUGUGAGCUCGCCUUAACGAGAAAGGAGAAAGCAGUUUAUCCACAGUUAAAGCGCCGGCAAACAACCAGAAAUGCAGAAUCCUGUAACUCCAUACAGCAUUCAUCCUGAGGGACGGGACGCUGGAAGAGGCCUGGAGGUGGUUCCACAAAGCACUUGGAUUUGUUAACAUGAUGAUGACCUGCCAGCCCUCAGUGUUGUCAAGCUCCUGCACAUUAGGUUGACUUCAUCUUACUGUGUGCUGUGUUGUCCCUGUGUACCUACCUAUCCAGGUGGAUAACUGGAUAGAUAUGUUGAGUUAGUGUAUUUUUUUGCCUCCAAUCUAUAUACAUUGGGUUUCCGAUCUGCUAAAGUAACUGAUGAUGGAAUAAACAGUUGA